UGAUGGCCGGCGGCCUGUGACCGCUGCCCGCCCCGUCGGCCAUGGCCGCGGCCAUCGCCAGCUCGCUGAUCCGGCAGAAGCGCCAGGCCCGGGAGUCCAACAGCGACCGCGUGUCCGCCUCCAAGCGGCGCUCCAGCCCCAGCAAGGACGGGCGCUCCCUCUGCGAGAGGCACGUCCUGGGCGUCUUCAGCAAGGUGCGCUUCUGCAGCGGCCGGAAGAGGCACGUCCGGCGGAGGCCAGAACCCCAGCUGAAAGGGAUCGUGACCAGGUUAUUCAGCCAGCAGGAAUUCUUCUUGCAGAUGCACCCAGACGGAACGAUCGACGGGACCAAGGACGAAAACAGCGACUACACCCUCUUCAACCUAAUUCCCGUGGGGCUUCGUGUGGUAGCUAUCCAAGGUGUGAAGGCAGGCCUCUAUGUGGCCAUGAACGGCGAGGGGUACCUCUACAGCUCCGACAUCUUCACCCCCGAGUGCAAGUUCAAGGAGUCCGUCUUCGAAAACUACUACGUGAUCUAUUCCUCCACACUGUACCGGCAGCAGGAAUCGGGGAGAGCCUGGUUCCUGGGACUCAAUAAAGAAGGGCAGAUUAUGAAGGGCAACCGAGUGAAAAAGACCAAACCGUCCUCGCAUUUUGUACCCAAACCCAUAGAAGUGUGCAUGUACAGAGAGCCCUCCCUGCAUGAAAUCGGAGAGAAGCAAGGACGCUCCCGGAAGAGUUCGGGGACGCCCACCAUGAACGGAGGCAAAGUCGUCAACCAGGACUCCACAUAGCCGAGUGGCGCGCCCACUGCCCUCCCGGCCGACAACGUCUCUCUGCCACCUGCCCACCGCCACCUGCCCGCCAGCCACCCGAGCGAGGCCG